AAAUCAUAUCGUGCGCCCAACAGACUGCAGGCUGCUGGCGCCAGAAAGUUGAUUGCACCUGCUUCGUUAUUCUGGAUCGGCAAGCUCUAGCGUACACACCUCGACGAACAGUCCUAGUGCACCUGUACACACACCCACGCAGGACCAGGAGCCGUGGACGCGCCAGCAACCCGGAGCUGGAGACUUCUGUCUGACUCCUGCUGUACACCCUCACGCUCGCUGCACAUUGCUGGUCAAGAGGGUGACCUGGUUGACAUUGGUUUCCUAAGCCGUCGAUCACCCUGGCUCUGCUACACCCUCUAUGAACCGGCCCAAGUCCAUCUUCACAGGAAACACUUCUGCACCAUCCGGGUCUGCCAAUCCAGACGCCAGACGCCUGAGCACGCCCGAGUACCUCGAGUCUCUCACCUACGGAGCAGCGGCGCCGAAGCCUUCCACACUGCGCGAGUGCUCGAAGCCGUCUACAUGGCGGAUACAGUCCCCUCCUGAUCAGACUCAGCUCCGAACGCCGUCUGCGUCUGCUCUCUUGUCCAACACACCCAGUGCAUCUUUCACGGGGCCGGCGCCUAUAAAACCCCCGUCAGUCGUAGCGGGCAAGAAGCGUGCCGUCGCGCCGCAAGACAACCCGGAGCUGCUGGAGCCUGUGAACGAGCCUCUGCUCAAGCGACGGCGCAUCCACGGUCGCGCAAGGCACGCGCUCGACCAUUUCAACUUCCCGACGUCCUUCCGGGACAGCAAGGAGCAGCCGCCAUCGCCCCUCUUCUUUUCGUCGCGACGAACCCGACCCCAGCUUCCGGCCCGAUUCUCGAGCUCCGAGGCGGCAGCGAGGAUGCUGAGCAAGACCCGUGGGGAGGAGAGCGGCAUCAAGACGGUAACACUUGCUCGUGGAACCUUCAGCGGGCUGAGUCCGCCCGGUGUAACAAGCGGUCCGGGUGGGAGGAGUUCGGACCGGCCCAGUGUGCCGAGGACCUGCUCCCCCGAUGGACGCGACAGGAACGACCCGCUCAGGCUGCUAGGUUCUGUCGGCAUUGUUGAGCUAUUAGAGCAAGAUACUCGCCCGACCUUCAUCGUCGAUAUUGGAGAUUCGUGCAACUACACCCCUGGUUCCACCGCUCUCCAGAUCCUCUUCGCGAACAGUGCCCUUCGCUCCAACUCAUCGACAUGGGAACUGGUAGUUGGCAAGCCAUCAGACGAGCAUGCAGAUGAUGUGGCGUCCCAUGCCUUAAGCCAGUUCAAGGGCUGGCUACUCAGCACUGUUAUGCAAGGAGGUAAUCUAGACAUCAACCCCCGGCCAGUCGAGCACGGGGGUAUCAUAUGGUCAUGCUACACCCUGAGGAAACACUUACGUGUGGCCUCUGGUGCCGUCUUUUCUCCUUUGACUUCGGGUAUCCCGUCUACAAGCGCCUCUAAUGAAUUCACCAUCCCAUCCUCUUCAUCAGCUGCUCUCACCUCUAGCAGUGGAGCGGCGCCGUCAUCAUCUUCCGCCCAACCAAGUGAGCCGCAGGACUACUUCGGUAAUUCAAUACCCACCCUUACAGAGGAGCUGAUUAAGGAACCGACGCCUAUACCUCCCCCGCAACUCAAUCCAGAUCACCCUAUCAUUAACCCCACCCCUAUUUCUGAAGCUGCAUGGGUAAAACCCGACAAAGUGGAUAUGCCCGGUGAUGCCUACCCAUCAUUCACAAAUGAGUGUGUACUCCGUGCUCAGAGCGCGGGUGAUGUUGACGCUUUUCAUAGAGACCUAAACCCUCCUCAGGACCACGAUGUUGGGUUUUUCGAUUGGACAAGAUUAUCUUUAUCCCCUUCACUCCCCAGGCACAUUCAAUUUGCCCGCUCGAUCGACUGGGCUUCCACACCUCUAGGCCCGAUAGAGUACUGGCCCAAUGAUCUGAGAACUAUGUGUAAUCUGAUCAUGGCGAGUCCACAUCCAGCGGCAAUGUAUUGGGGUGACGAGCUCGUAGCCAUCUAUAACGAGGCAUACAUUGGACUAGCAGGCCAGAAGCAUCCAUCACUUAUGGGUCAAAGUUAUAAAGAGGCCUGGGCCGAGAUCUGGGACGAUGUCAAAGACGUUUUCGCGAAUGCACGCCAGACAGGCCAGGCCACCAUGAAGGACGAUGACCGUUUAUUCAUGAAGCGAAGCGGCUUUCUUGAGGAGACUUACUUCUCAUGGUCCAUCAUACCAAUGGUCGGCGAAGAUGGUACUGUUAUGGGCCUUUACAAUCCGGCAUUCGAGAAAACUCGACGAAAAAUUGCGGAACGCCGGAUGCUUACCUUGCGAGAGGUCGGCGAACGAACCGCUAUUGCCCGAGAUGUCAAAGGUUUCUGGGAGCAAGUCCUGGGCGCGUUGACCGAGAAUGAGUUCGAUACCCCCUUCGCCUUGCUCUAUUCUGUCUCCGACGACACCGAUAGCGAUUCCUCGUCACUACAUUCGAGCAGCCUUCUAGGUACCAAGCAGUGUUAUCUGGAGGGCACUUUGGGUGUGCCUAGGCAUCAUCAAGUCGCGCCGGAACAAAUCGACUUAAAGGAAGGUAAAGAAGGCUUUGGCCCCGUAUUCCGGGAGGUCAUGAAGACUGACAAGCCUAUGGUUUUAAGUAUUGGUACGGGGGACCUUCCAUUAUCAAUGAUGGAAGGACUUCAGUGGCGAGGAUUUGGAGAUCCGUGUCGGGAUGUUGUCGUUUGUCCAGUCCACCCAACUACAGGAGAAUCAAUGCUCGGGUUCUUGGUGAUGGGAAUUAAUCCUCGGAGGCCGUACGAUGAUGAUUAUAAUCUCUUUGUUCAGCUACUCAGCCGCCAGCUGGCUACCUCACUCGCAUCUGUGGUGCUCUUCGAAGAGGAAAUUCGAAGAGGUCAGAAGGCUGCGAAGCUCGCAGCAGAGGAUCGCCUUAAUCUCUCCGAACAGCUCGCCGCUCGUACACAAGAAGCACGCGACAGUGAAACUAGGUUCACGAGAAUGGCAGAGUACUCGCCAGCUGGGCUCUUCAUUGCUGACCACGAAGGCCGUAUUACGUAUUGCAACGAUACCUGGUAUGAGAUCUCGCGAGUGCCAAAAGACCCCGAGAGGACAGACAGGUGGAUAGACUGUGUGAAAGAAGAGGACCAAAAUCUCAUCCGACAUCACUGGAGAAGGCUGGUCGAGAAUGCGGAGUCGAUCAACGUAGAAUUUAGGUUUAAGACUCCCUGGCAGGAUCGGAACGGCAACAAAGGCGAUACUUGGGUGCUCUUCUGUGCUUUUCCUGAAAAAUACGAGGAUGGAAUGCUGAAGAGUGUUUUCGGGAGCAUCACCAAUAUCAGCCCCCAAAAAUGGGCUGAAGGUUUUCAAAAAAGGAAAAUGGAGGAGGCUGUGGAGUUGAAGCGACAGCAGGAAAACUUCAUCGACAUUACAAGUCACGAGAUGCGCAACCCAUUAAGUGCCAUAUUACAGUGCGCCGACGAGAUCUCAACGUCCUUGAGCGAUCCCCGGAUUGCGGAUGAUCCUGCUAUCGCCAACGAUGUUGUAACGAAUAGCAUUGAUGCUGCUCAAACGAUAGCGCUGUGUGCACAACAUCAGAAACGUAUCGUUGAUGACGUUUUGACGCUGUCUAAACUUGACAGUGCCAUGCUCAUGGUCACUCCAGUUGAUGCCCAGCCCUUAAAGGUAGUCGAGCGAGCACUCAAGAUGUUUGAAGGUGAAGUGCAAACUGCAGGUAUCCAGAUGGAGUUUGUCGUGAAUGAUUCCUUCACAAAGUUGGGCAUUGAUUGGGCUAAACUCGACCCUUCAAGGGUUCUUCAGGUGCUCAUCAAUCUAACGACAAAUGCUAUUAAGUUCACCACCACCGAGACAAAUCGCACAAUCAAAGUCAUUCUCUCAGCAUCUCGAGAACGGCCUUCGAGUAAGUUCGCAAUGGUCGACUUCUUUCCAUCUCGUUCUAAGAGGGUGGAUCAAACACUUGGACCCGAUUGGGGUGACGGCGAAGAAAUAUUCCUCGAAUUUGCGGUCCAAGAUACUGGUCGAGGUCUCAACGAAGAGGAGAUGAAACUUUUAUUUCAACGCUUCCACCAAGCUAGCCCACGCACCCAUGUCCAAUAUGGAGGGUCAGGUCUCGGCUUGUUCAUUUCCCGUGAACUGACUGAAUUGCAAGGCGGCGAAAUCGGCGUCAGCUCCAAAGCCGGGAAGGGCAGCACUUUUGCAUUUUAUAUCAAGUGUCGUAAGACUGCGAGGCCACUAGAUGAUACGACGGACACCCUUCCCUUGCCUGUAACACGGCAACCUUCCAAUGCGAAAGAUCGUCCCCGCAUUGACGUGCUCAGGGUCAAAGAUUUUGCAACCAUUCCUAAAGAGGCUGUUGUGGGAAAGAUCAAAACACAAUGGGCACAUCUGAAGGUUCUGAUUGUUGAGGACAAUCUUGUCAAUCAGAAGGUCCUUAAACGUCAACUUUCAAACUCGGGGAUAACCACAUAUGUUGCAAAUCAUGGUGGUGAAGCUCUAGAAAUUAUCAAGGGAUCGCAGUACUGGAAGGAGAGCGGACCUAAUGCUAUUGAUGUUGGCGUCGUCCUUAUGGACAAGGAGAUGCCUGUAAUGGAUGGCCUGCAAUGCACCAGUCAAAUCCGCGAGUGGGAGCAGAGCGGCCUUCUCAAACACCAUGUCCCCAUCAUUGCAGUCACUGCAAAUGCACGGAGUGAGCAGAUUGCAACGCUUCUCGCCGCAGGCAUGGACGAUGUCCUCUCAAAACCAUUCCGGAUUGGUGACUUAAUACCUAAGAUCGAAGAGCUUUCAGCAAAAUAUCCAGUUUCUGCUUUGACAGACCGUCCAGGUUUGGUGGUCACCCCUAAACAUACGCCAAUAUCAAAUCAUUUCAUGUCGUCAGAGUCGGCCAUAUAAACUUUCUACCAUAACUUGUAAGGGUAGAGGCCUAUCGAUCGCUAUUUUUUGACCUAUUACUCAUAGUAUGGCGUUUUGGGGUCACAUAAGUUCGCACCCCCUGUGAGCUUUGGUCAAUCUACCUGGCUUUUCUUGGGCGACAAAAGCUUUUAGGCUUUUGGGAUGGCGGCUCAAGUCAUGUUGCUAGCAUAUCCUGGCGCUUUGUCUCACUUACUGGGGAUCAGGAAUAGAUUUCAUGUGUUAGGAGACGAAUACAUACCCAUCUAGUGGGGAAUAAUCUCCUAGGCAAGUGGAUCUAAAGAUUCAAUUUUCAAUUUGAUGCGAUAGGCUUGGAGUCCUGCAUUGUGCAGGGCAAGGCUCGG